UGAGAAUAUGACUUUUAUCCCUCCAAAACAGAGUAAUGACUUUACUCUUUCCCAAAACCCUCUCAUAGUAAAUAUGUGAGUUGUGUAAUUUGUUUCUCGGACUCAAAAAGAAAUUUGGAAGGUGGAGCAAUGGAGAAUGUUCAGAGCUCAAAAGAUGCAAAAUCAACACAUUCUCCACCUUCUUCUUCAUCUUUGCCUUAUGGACUUCUUGCCAUCAGACCUUUAAGUAUUCUGAACAAGCUAACACCUGAGAAGUAUGAUCUUCUUCAAUGUCAGCGAAUUGCUUCUGGUAUCACAUCAAUUGAGAUUCUAGUGGCUGUUGUUUCAUGGAUACAUGAUAAAGCUGUUUCUCUCGGGCCUACAUUUUGUCCCAUGUACGCGCAGUUAUGUUCUGAUCUGAAUGAGAAGCUUCCUCCAUAUCCACCAGAGAAAGCUGGUGGAAAAGAAAUUACCUUUAAGCGUGUUCUCUUGAACAUAUGUCAAGAGACAUUUGAAGGUGCUGACAAUCUGAGAGCUGAAUUAAGGCAGAUGACAAGCCCUGAGCAAGAAGCUGAACGACGAGAUAAAGAAAGAACGCUGAAACUUCGUAGUCUUGGGAACAUUCGCCUUAUUGGUGAACUUUUCAAGCAGAAAAUGGUGCCUGAAAAGAUUGUGCAUCAUAUUGUACUGGAGCUAUUGGGUCCUGACAAUAAAAGUUGCCCAGAAGAGGUGAAUGUUGAGGCCAUAUGCCAAUUUUUCAGCACAAUUGGUAAGCAGCUUGAUGAAAACCCAAAGUCCCGGCGUAUUAAUGAUGUUUAUAUGAGCCGCUUGAAGGAACUAAGCACACUUGAUCAACUUGCCCCUCGUCUGCGUUCCAUGGUCCGCAAUAUCCUUGAUCUGCGAACAAACAACUGGGUUCCUAGGCGUGAAGAGGAUAAAAAAUGUGAGUUCUUUAGGUGGAUUGAUGAGCAAGGCAAGGAAAAUAGUGAUCUUAGAUUUCAGAUCUUGGAGAAGGAGACUACCAUAGCUAAGAUGGAGUAUGAGAAGAGUUUAAUGGUUGACAAAAUCAAAAAAUUACAGCUUGAAAAGGACAACCUGGAAAAGGAUCUACAAGAGAUAAAAUUUGAGCUUUCACAACUUCGUAUUGAGGUGUUGAAGACUUCACGCAAUGAGAAAAAUUUGAUUAUGGCUUUGUUUGUUUUAUGCCCUCUUUUUGCCAUUCUGCUGUUGUACCUAAAAUAGAUUGGCAGUGGGUUUUCCUUUGUAAUGAUUGUUGUUCAAUCGACUGAAUGAAAAAAAUUGUUGAAGCUGAAAACAUGUUGUGAUGUGUUUGAUGAACAAUAGGUUUAGUGAAUGCGAAAAAAUUGUUGGAGCAAAA